AUGGAAUAUUAGGGAUUGGGAAAAACAAUUAUGGUAUUAGCAUUAAUAAUAGAAACUUAAAAAAAAGGUUAACAUACACUAAUAGUUAUCCAAAGUCAGUAUUUUUUAAGUGGAGAUAGAAAUUUAAAUUCAUUCUAAACCGAAAUUCUAAAAGUUUUAGCGUAAACAAGAAGUUUGAAGAUAAAAUUAUAAGAUUAUGAUAAUAUUUAAACUACUUGUGCUAUAUUCGCAUCUGAUUACUCAAUAUUGACAUAAAUAAAUAACCUCAAUUUAGACCAAUAAUAAUAACAAUAAUAAAAAAUACUAAAUUAAGCAAGAAAUAAAAUUUUAUAGAAGUAAAAGAGGAAGAAGUUGAGGAAAAGACUAAUUUUAUAGAUUUAAAUAUUGAUUAAUCAGCUUCUUAUUCAAUACGGUUCAUAAAUAAUCAGAGGAAUUAAAAGUUGA